GGGAGAGGAAACACUGCGCAACAGUGCAGCAAACUCCCAGAUAUAUCCAAUUAUCUGUGGAGUAUCUGGGAGUAUACAGGAGUCCCGGAUACACCGCUUUUCCCGCAGUGAGCAUUGGGGUGUUUCAUCACAGUUCAAUCAAAUCAUUUAGAUAACAGCUAAAAAAAACCUAUUUCGGAUGGACAUACACUUCAACAUUGGUACAUAAAUGAGUUAGAGCUUUCGCUGAACACUAGAUGGCAGUAGUUAAGGCUCCACCUUUGGCAUGCCAAAAAACGAUAUGGUCACACAGCAGAAGAAUAAUCUCCUAGGUAACGGCUACCAAGCGGCGGUAGAAGCUAAACUACAUGUUUGAGGCAGCUAACGUCUGUUGAUACUACCUUGUGCCAACUUGGAUUUCCGUUUUGCUGAUGUAAUGUAUCCUUGCACAAAGAAAUCGUCAAAACCUUUGUUUUCUUUUUAUCAAAGAAAUAAAGCUAUGGUUCGCUGAAAACUCUAGAACUUAUGCUAUAUUCUUAUUUCACCUGUAUCGCUAGCUAGCCAGCAAGCUAACUAAAUACAGUUACCUUCAUCAGGGAUUUAGUUAACCUUUCUUACAGAAGAGUUGCUGGCUACGUACACGCACUGUGAGUUUCGAUGUAAGCGAACGGCUAACAUGCUGUGGAACUGAUGGAUGUACACUCAAUUCGUCCAGGUUUGAAUCAGAGAAGUAAUCAGGUUAAAAUUGGGUAAUGACAGACUGGAGAGAAGUGUUCGAACGAACCAGAGCGGUUCCACCCCACAGCCAGACCGCCCGACAAGCUGACAAACCUUCCCAAGGUUUUCAGCUCAGCUUCAAGCACUUGGAUGGAGCUUCUGUUUUUCAGAAAACGUCCAGCUUCCAGCUGCGGGUGUCCUUCUUCGAUACCGUCCACCGGCAUUUCUUUGGGAGGACUUGGAGGAGUCCGCCUCACGACUCUACUGCUGUUCUGGAACAUAGUAGCAAAGUUGCUAUUGAUGAGGUUGUGUACUUCCACACGGCCCUGCUCCUGCCCUGUGUGGUGGCGGUGGUGGAGCUGGUGUCCCUCGGCUCCCAGCAUGCAAUAGGCCGUGGCUUCGGAAUCCUCCAGCUCUUCUCUGGGGCUUCAGAAACUCCACUGCUGUCUGGAAGCCAAAGGAUGCCUUUCUACGGUGGGACGCCUCGUGCCUUGCUCACUCCCGGUUUUCGAGACGUUGAACUGAACGGGCUCUUGACAGUGAUGGACGGUGUUCAGCUCCUCUACACCCUCCAACCCCAUCCUGCCCUCCUUCCCAUCAUGCACCUCUUCCCUCAGAAUACUUUGGUGUCGGAUCAUACGAGCAUCCCUGGGCUAAUGCAGAUGUCAGACAACACAGCCUGCCUGCGUAAGCCGCGUGUGCUGAAGAGUGUGUCCUGCCUGCUGGACAGGCUGGUGCUGCUCCUCUCCCCCUCUCUGGAGCGCUUUGAGCAAGACCUGCUUCACCUGCUCACAGCAGACAGCCACAACACACAGCACCGGAUCCAGGAGGGCCCUACUCUGAUGGUCCAGGAGAGGAGGCUGCACGUAGGGGUCCAUAACGGCUGGACCUUUCUGGACGGGCCCCAGGUGCUGGUGCUGGAGCUCGGGUCGACCGGGGGGCCUCGCGGACGCAGCGGCAGCUUCAGGCAAACCUCAGGGGGGGGGCUCAGUUCGCCCUCUCCUGCGUUGAUCCUGAGGGGGGGCGUAGAGUUGAAGAUGGCCGUCCAUCCAGCGUUCACCCUCAUCUUCCAGCUGGAGUACGUCUUCUCCUCUCUGACUGCCUCUGAGGGAAGGCUGUCCUCCUCCUCCAGGGUGGCCUUCCUGCAGUGCCUGGGCUGGGCAGCGUGGAGCCCCUUCUCUGGGGACGGACCCAGGUGGAGCCCCUUCUCUGGCGACGGACCCAGGGCUCAAGAGGUCCAGCUGCAGCUGCAGGGUGGAGUCACACCCAACCCCAGCCCCUUCAGCGUCAUGGUCUACUCCACCCCCUGUAGCAACAACACUGAGGUGAAGGACGGGGGGAUCCACCUGAGCUUCCAGUUCUCUGCCAAAGACGAGAAGCCCAAGUCCAGCCCAGCACUGGCCAAACGCAAACACGCUGUCUCUCCACCACGCGACGAAAGCAUCCAGGAGCUUCACGCCUCACCAUCAAGAUCAGCCCAGGGCCCAGGGCUCUCCAUAUCUCAGCUGGCUGCAACUUCACGCUACCCAACUCUCAGCCACUCCACGGGGUCUCCAUGGCAACAGUCUAUUCCCUCUAGGCUCCAUCCCUCCCCGUUGGCUUCAACCCACCAGCUGUCACAUGUGGAUCGUCUGGGCGUGAGCAGCAUAGUGCAUCUGGAGAUGAGUGUGAAGGAGCUGCAGGAUCCUCUAGAAGACGAUGAACCGCACCUGCAGGAGCUAGCCUUCACACCUAUACACGCACCAGUCAUCAUCCUGGGCACACACACCACUUGCCUGCCGACGCGGAGCUCCCGAAGCUCUCUGGCACACCUGUUCUCCGCCGGCUUCCCCGAGGUCACGGACCUGAGUGGGCAGGUGGCCCAGGUGCUGGACUCCAGCGAACCCCUGAACUUUAACCCCCACCGAGAGGAGGCCGACCCCCUGCAGAGCAACACACUCAUCCUGCACUUCCUUGCCUUCUCCAGGAUCCCUCAGACAGGUGUGCCGUCUGAUUGGCCUCGCUGCAUCUACUUCACCUUCCAGCUCUACCGCUUCCCCCCUGUCACGACUCAGCACUUGCGUCUGAUUGGCCCACCGCCCCCACACAGGAAGUCCACAGAUGACUACCCCUGCGUCCUCUCCGUCAUCAACAUGGACGGGACGGUGAACUCAGCAGACUCCCCUGGGCUCCAGCUGCGGUUCCCCGUGGGAGCGGAGGUUCUGCGGCCCGGGGAGAAGAGGUGGUUCCUCAGGUACCUGGCCCAGAACUCUCUGCAGAUAGACGUGUGGGACAGCGACUCAAGGAUGCUCAUCGGCUCUGCAGCCGUGGAGCUCAAGCACUUACUUAGGCAGGGCCGCUCCGCAGUGCAGAUUGUUCAUGAGUUGGAGGUCAUCACUACUGAGUUCGCCCAAGAUGCCAACAUGAUGAGUGGGCAUCUCUCUGGGCAUCUCUCUGGGCACACCGUCAUAUCCCCCAUCAACAUCUUCUCCACCGCCAAGGGCAGACUGCAUCUGCGUCUGGGAAACGUGGGUGGUCCAGUCGACUGGGUGUCCUCCACUCCUCCAGUCUCAGUGCACUGUGUGGUCCAGGCCAGCAGUGGGACGGGGGGGUUUGGUGGGGGCAGCCUCUUCAGCUCCAAAGUCUCACACAUAAACGCUCGUAAUGCGGCCCGUGCCCUCCGUAUGGUGGAGGUUCAUGGGGAUCUGGCAUCCGUUGUUUGGCCUGGCGGAGAGCAGGCAGGCCAGGGGGAGGAAGAGGAGACCAGGCUUCGCAAACUCAACAGGAUGGCUGCAGUGAGACACAGCGAACACAAGGGCGGCGCCACUGAGCAUAAACCCUACAUGUGGCGUCGUGAGGAGCGUCAGCGCCUCUCUCGGGAUCUGCGUGUGAUUGAGGCGUACCGUGAGCAGAGCAAAGCCGAGGGCAUCGCCAACAUCCUGAGUCAGGCCAUCACCACCCACCACACCCUCUACACCACCCUCGGAACCGCAGAGUUCUUCGAGUUUGGGCUCAAGAACCCCUUCAACCUGCCCCAGACCAUCACCAUCCAUAGUGAAGACCCGGAGCUCAGUGUGGUGGUGAGCACAGAGGAGUGGCGCUGUCUAAAGCAGCGCACCAAGACGGUCACCCCGCUGGAGGAGGGCCUGUUCAAGCUGGACCAGAAGACGCUGGUCCCGCAGGUCUACAUGCGCCCCAAAGAGGCCCUCUACAUCCCCCUCAAGUACCAGACCUUUGUGUCGCCCCACACCCCCUCCCCACAGGGGCGGGGGCCUUUGAGAAGUGACCAGAGUCACCACGUGUUUCAGAAGCUGCAGUCCAGUGAUGUCACUAUGAAAUCCAUUAAGGUGCACUUCCAGGGGCAGGAUGGGAAGCCGGUGGCCAUCUGCCAGGUGAGGGUGGAGCUGACCCCUCACGUCGUGGACCAGACCUUCCGCUUCAGCCACCCGGAGAGAACCUUCCUGAAGAAGUCCAUCCGCCUGCCGCCCUGGACACCUGCUCCAGAGGAAGCUCCUGUUCCCCACGUGCGCUGCAGUGACCCCAGUGUCAUCUGUGAAACCAGGGCUGUGCCCCCAGGUGAACCACAGGAUGUCUAUAUAAGGGUGGAUGGCUGUCCGAGUCCUCAGAUAAAGAAGUUCUUCAUCAGUGUGUUCACUGACCGCUGGCUGGCAGCCCCGGCUCAGAUCUGGCAGGUGUACAUUAACUUCGUGCAGCGCUUGGACAUCAGCUGUGUGACUGGCCAGCUCACCUGUCAAUCACUGGUGCUGAGGGGCACCCAGGCUAUGAGGAAGGUGAAGUGCCAUGUGUCCCACCCUCUGGAGUUACAGGUGGACCCGGCGGAGGUGUUUGUGCUGCCCCCGCGGGCGGUGCAGGACCUGCAGCUCAGGGUGUGCUGUUGCAGGGCGGGCCGCAGGUUCAUAUACCUCAACGUGGUGGACGUGCAGCAGCACCAGCUGGUGGAGACAUGGCUCAUCAGCCUCUCCUCAAACCCCCCCGUCAUCUCGAAGGCCUUUGAGAUGUGUGUGCCUGUGGGCGGAGGCAGAGGCAGCACCAAGAAGAUCACUUACACCAACCCGUACCCAGACACACGCACACUCCACCUGCUCUCCGACCACGCAGACCUGCUGCAGUUCAAAGAGGACACCUUCCAGGUUGAAGGAGGUCAGACGUAUUCCAUCGGCCUGCGUUUGGCCCCGAGCCACAGCCCUGGCCAGGAAGAGAUCCUCAUCUACGUCAACAACAAGGAGGAGCGCAACGAGGAGACCUUCAGCGUCAAGGUCGUCUACAGAUGACCCCUGCAGGAGACCUCCUGCGUCAAGGUCGUCUACAGAUGACCCCUGCAGGAGACCUCCUGCGUCAAGGUCGUCUACAGAUGACCCCUGCAGGAGACCUCCUGCGUCAAGGUCGUCUACAGAUGACCCCUGCAGGAGACCUCCUGCGUCAAGGUCGUCUACAGAUGACCCCUGCAUGAGACCUCCUACGUCAAGGUCGUCUACAGAUGACCCCUGCAGGCACCACUAUCAGAGCUCUGUACAGAAGACCCUGGGUUACCUGACCCUAACCCUACAGAUGACCCCCAGAUGACCCCUGCAGGACACCUCCUGACCCUAACCCUAGGCCAGACAAUGAAACUGAGCUACAUGUGUGUGCAUGGAUUUAUUUUCUGUUGUUUUGUUUUUUAAAUUAUGGCUGACUGAGUUAGUAUCUGUUUUUUUAAGACCCAAUAAAAGCUUUAGCCAAAUUGAAGACGAGUGAGUGGUUAUGUGUCCUGAGCGGCAGGGGCGGUUUUUCCUACAGGCGGUCGCCUAGGGCGCCACUUCUCGCCGUGGCUACACCAAGCGCGGAAAUUCUCCCGUGCGGAAAUAGAACGUUCACGGAGCGGAUCUUUUAUUUAACCGGCUACACUGGACGCGUUAAAAAUGAACCCCUUAUCUUUUUUUAUGUCUUUGUUUAUAUAUUUUAUAAACCAGAGUUCAUCUGCACCCGUUCACCUGGAUCACAGUAUAUGUGUGUGUGU